GAGAACGUGACUAGGAUUAAGUUCGCUUCAACAUCCUUUUUUUCUUGUUUUAAUUGUCUUCAAUUUUUAAUGCGCUCUUACCGCGUUGGCAACGUUUAUACUCGAUUAACUAAGUAUAAUAAUCAUUGUGCUCGUGCCAAGUUAGCUGCUUUUCCAACGACUGACAGCCAUCCUCGAGAGUAAUUUACGAAACACUGGAAGACUAGAAAGAAGUUGCCAAAGAUGGCAUCUGACACUUUCAAUAACGAGCCGGCUCCAACAGCACCUGGUGCUGAAGAGACACCUGCCUACACGUUGUUUGUUACAAAUGUUCCAUCCGAGUUGGAAAAAGAUGGAGUCAAGGAUAUUUUUUCCGAGUUUGGGCAUGUAACUGGUUAUGUGUUGGUUAAAAAUAAAAACCAAGCGUUUAUUUCUUAUUCUUCUUAUACUGCUGCUGAACGAGCAAUUCACGAAUUACACCAGAAGUUGCCGUUGAAAAUGAACUUACAGUUUCAAGAUAAGAAAUUAAGAAGCCUUCAUAAGCCAGCUACCAUAGAUUUAUCUGGUCCUGUUCUAGAUCAUAGAUACAACUCGUACGAUGUUGACUUUAAAAACAUGAAGAAAUCCAUAAGUAUGGGUAAACCCAACUGCACGCCAAAUUUCCGUCCUGAUCAUCGCACGUCCGAUGAUGAUAUCCUGUACCCCUGUCCUGGCUCAAAUGAUCCUACAACAUUUAAUCCAUAUGAUGGUCCAGGGCCCUACUAUAACACAAACUUAAUGUAUACAAGGGGUAUAACUCGCAUAUCCAAGGACGGACAGAGGCAAGUUUCAUGUGGUAGAGGUUACACUUACUAUAAUCUUCCUGAACCACAUUAUAACAUCCCGGCUUGUCUCCAAAAAGUCUACGAAAAACGAGAAUAUGGACAUUACGAGUUUGCCUCGGAGGAUAUAGAUGAUGAAGCUGGAAAGUGUCAAGUUUGCUCUUCUCCCACAUCAUUUAGAUGUCAAAGAUGCUCUUUUACAUUUUAUUGUAACAGAACGUGUCAAAAAAAUGAUUGGCCGAAUCAUAAAUUAAACUGUCAACCACUUCCGCCCCUAGUCAGAAGAAUAUCUAACUUGACUAUAUCAGAAAAUGAUCUAACUAACGGGUUACCUGAACAAGUACCCCAAGACCAUAAACAGACUCCAACCGGAGAAAUCGUUCGAGCCUCGCCAAAAGUAUCUCAGUGUCAAGAGCCCACUGAAAACAAGGAAUCACCGCCUAUGCCAGCUCAACAAAACAAGCCAAGCACCGAGAGUCCAGCAGGAUCAGCAAAAAAUCACAACGGAAUUGCCAUCUUGCCUAAAGAUGAAACUAAGAAUGGCCCGAAUAGAUCUGAAUCUUUCCAGAGUAAUCGCAUUCACAAUAGUAACGAACAACAAACGUCGUUUAAUUCAUUGCGCCAGCAGAAGCAGGUCUCACCGAACCAUGAUCAACCACGUCAACAGCAGCAGUAUCAACAGAGAUCGCCGCAACAACAACAGCAAAGACCAGAACAACAGUAUCAAAAGUCUCCACAGAUACUUCAGCAGCAACAGCAGUCAAGACCUCAGCAACAACAGCGAACUCCUUAUCAGCAGCAAACUGACCCUAAUGCCAUGGUACAAAAAAUCAGCGACGAUGACAUAAGAUUCGAGGGAGCCAGUCAGUUUCUGCCAAGAGACAGGUUCGUCGACGUUAUCAUCACGAAUUAUAUUUCACGCGGCAUGUACUGGGUCCAGCGCGCUGAUCAUUUUGAAGACUUUAAAAAGUUCAAAGCCGUUUUGGCUAAAGCUGCCGAGCAAGCAAAAAUGGUCAAGCCCGAAGUAAACGUCAAUUGCGUGCUUCAGCACGAAGGCGAAUGGUACCGUGCCAAAAUAACGUCAAUCAGUGAUAACGUAUCAGAGGUUUUCUUGUAUGAUUACGGUAUAGUUGACCAAUUGGCAGUAUCUAAGGUCUUCCAUCAGACAUUCAGUGACUAUCCAUACUUUGCUCGUCGCAUCUGUCUCGUUGAUGCUGCUGACGAAAGCCUGAAGACACUUUCAACUGUUGGACAAUCUUUAUCUGUUCAAUCAGUGUCAGUGAUAGGAGACGGAAGUAUUGUUGUUCAAGCAAAGCCUGCUAAAGAGUUGAGCGAUUCGGUAUCAAACGGCACAGUUGAUAAUAGACCAGCUCCAACAGAGGACGAUAUUUUCCUGUCCAAAUUAACAAGUUUGCCAAACGUACUCGACGAACUUCAGGAAUCUCAGGAAGGUUGCAUAUUGAAACACGCUAAAAUCAGCCAGAAUGAGUACAAUGUCAGUUUCGUGCCUACUGAAAAUGAAGAGCAGUUUAAUAGUUUGGUCACAGUAUUAGCAGAAAGUUGUAUCAAGAUGUUACAAAAAAAUCCAAGCUUCAAGCCAAACGUUGGUGACUUCAUUUGUGGAGAAAACGAAUCAAAAGAAUGGUACAGAGGUAUUGUUUCAGCUGUGAAACCCAUCGUUAUGCUCGCUGUGAUUGACGAAUGUAGAUUCUUUGCACCGGUGAGGUACUGUCCACUGCCUGAAGGGUUUGAUAAACUUGUUAGCAUGGGCUUGGUCUGUCAACUAGAAUCCAACACCAUAAUGCCUGAUACAAUGGACGUAGGCAUGUUCAAAGUUCUCAAAAUUUCAAAGGAUUCUGUUAAAAUCUCGAUUGAAUCCCCGGAUGAUAGUAAUUUUAAAAUCGAAGCUCAGGUAAAAAAGUGGGUUCCCAUACCUGAACAGAAAGGUAUCCGAAUGCCCACAUUAGUCUCUGGUAACAAGAUUAUCAUGACGCAUUUCGUCAGUGCCAACAAAGCUUAUGUUAAAAUUGAUGAAAGUAGUGAAUUGGAGCGAUGUCACUUAUUGGAACAAGAAGUUUCAAAGUGCGCACGGAGUAAUCCUCAACCACUUACUGAAAAACCUGUUGUUGGGGAAAUGGUUUUGUCGUCCUUUGAGAGUGAUGGUAACUUUUAUCGAGCAGUUGUGACUAAAGUAGAUGGUGAUAGAAUUAUGGUGAAGUACAUUGAUUACGGAAAUGAUGAAGAGAGAGCGUUGAAGCACCUUUUCAAGCUAACCGAUUCAUUGAAAUCUCAAAAAGCGGGCUGUGCUAAGAUUACACUGAAAGGCAUCGACCCUAAUACUCCUUUAACGCCAGAAGCUUCAGAUUAUUAUCAGUCCCUCAUAGCAUCCCAGGCAUCUCUGAUAUGUACGUUUGAAGGUUAUCCAAUCAAAGAUGGAGUCAUCUUGAAAACUCAAAACCACGAGAUUGUUAACGAUGUAUGUAGAAGCGCUUUGGAACCUUCUUGGAAAUCAAAAAAACCUGAAAAUGAUCGCCAAGUCUACUCCUUAAAUAACUUGCCAGUCCUGAAAAUCGGUGAUGUCGGAGAUGAGUUGAAGGUUAUAGUUCUAAGUUAUUAUGAGAAAGCUGGCAAUAUUGUAGUAGCCCCAGACGAUGAAAAUGCUAUUGUAGCUAUUCAUGGUGAAAUGCUUGAAAGGAUUCAAGAAUACAUUGGAACAGUUAAAGGUCACUACAUACCGAGAGACGAGGAACUCUGUAUAGCUAUGUACUGUGACUGUUUUUACCGAGGACUGUGUAUAGAUUCUGUUUGCUCUCCAAAUGAAUCCACUAUCUUUUUCAUCGAUUAUGGUAAUACAGAAACUGUCAAACACACGGAUAUUCGUCAAAUCACACCUGAUUUCUUAACACUACCGGCUCUUGGAACUCUGUGCAACAUGGAAUCAACCAUGUUCCCAGAAAAGCUCUCAGAGGCAGCCAAGAAGGCAAUACCUGAUAUUUUGCCGCUCAAUGAAAAGGCCAUCGUAAAAAUUGUAGGAAUAGAUGAUGAUGGCUCUCCAAAUAUCGAAGUGCCUAUAGUUCGCUUAAAACUAACUGAAAUGAAAUUGAUUUAAAUUAAGUUAUUUAUUUAUUUUCUCUUCACGUUAAUGACUAAAAUUAAAUAUUUUACUUGAACAUUGUUAAAGGGCAAAAAGUUUUUUGCAAAAGCAGUUUUACUUCUUAUUUUCCAAUAUUGACGAAAGGUUUAUUUUACAAAAAAACAAAAAAGAUUCAAGUACGUUUUAGAUAAACAAAUCGUAAGAUGAUUCCGAAGUAUAGGUGCUUGAUUUCCAAGAGCAAAGACUUGUAUAUCAAACACUAGUUUUUUAAGCAUAUUUAAGCUUUAUUCUGGUUAAAUGCAGAACAAUUUUUGUAGUUUAUGCUAAUUUUAAAGCUGUAAGUCUUAACUUAGUUUUAAGAUUUUUGAAUUAUUUUUAUAAGUUCGUUUUUUAUACAUAAAUUGUA